CACAAAAGAUUUCUAUAGGCUUAAGUGAGGUUACAGCAAAGGCAACGGGGAGGUGGGGGGGAGGAGUGGGCGAAGCAGCCUCCCUUAGAGCCAUGCAGCGUCUGGCUGGCAGAUCCGCAGCAGCCGCCUCUCCCCAGUAGUUUGUUUUAGGGCCCGGGCAGAGGGAUCGGAGGAGAGAAGGCGGCCGAAGGGUGGUUUCCCCCCCCCCCCCCCCCCCCCGGGGAGUUGGUGAUUCAGCCAGAAAAAUGGCAGGAGGAGAGCGAGGCCGAGCGGGUCGCAGCAUCUGCCGCUGCUGCAGCCCGGAGCCACCACCCUUGUUUGCGGGGAGAGUCUAAGUUCGUGCCGCGGCAGCAAGAGGCCACCGAGGAGCCGGGCGAAGUCGGAUCGGAUGCGCCCACGUCCGGAGGGCCCGCGGAGAGGCGGGGAUGGAGCCAGGCGGCAGGGAGCGAGCUCGGGGCGGCUGGAUGCAUGAGCAAGGCAGGAAGGCGUGAGGCAGCCGCAGAGGGAAGGGGAGAGGAUCCCUCCCUCCCCGCCAGCAGCCGGAUCCGGUGGCUCUUUUGCUCUCCCCCUCCCGUUGCACCGAGGUGGGUGGGGUGUGUGCAAACAGUUCGCGAUCCCAGCAGCGCAAACACUAAGUCUGUGCCCAGCUCCUCCAGGGCUCGUGCAGAGCGACCGGGCCACACCCUCGGCUGUGCUUCCUGAUACCAGGAGAUGCGGGUCUGCCGCCGCCUGCGACUGACUUCUCGGGGACAUGUAAAGGAGGAGCACAUGGUUCGCAGUCGCCUCCUUUCGGACCAGUGGGAUUUUUUUUUCGAAGGAGUUAAACGGCAAUAAGUUGGAUGUUUCUUUUCUAAUUCAUGUCAACUGGUUUGCAUCCGUCAUGUAUUCACCGUGAAGAGGGAACUUUGCAAAAAUCCAGCUGCCGGGAAGCAAACCAACCACCACAGCACAGAUCAGCGUGCAAAAUAAAUACAAAAAACAGAUCAUGCGGGGAAGGGACCCGGUGGCUCCCCCAGAGCAGCAGCCCGCCGCUGGCCCGGAGGUCUAGCCAGUGCAUUGCAAAGGGGAGAGGCCGGGGCUUGAGCAAGUGCGGAGGAUUUUGCUUUCCACCCACCCACUCCCAGCAGCCCCAGCCCCGGCGCCCAGAGGGUUUUUUUUUACUCGCGGAGAUUAAUGGAAUGAUGGUGCGGAAAAGGCAGAGAGAUCCUGCCGGGCUCAGUCGGGACUGCUCGGGCGGCGGGAGAGGCGGUGGCAGUGGGGUCGCAAGAGGCAUGCGAGUGCCCCCCCGGCGCGAUGGCUAGCGGUGGCUCUGGCAAGUCCACUAGCGAGGUGUCCAGCAGCGCCGUCCCCAGCAGCAGCUCGCUGCAGAGGAAGAAACUCGUCUCAAUCUGCGACCACUGCAAGAUCAAGAUGCAACUGGUGGCGGAUCUGCUCCUGCUGUCCAGCGAGACCAGGCCGGUGAACACCGAGAGCCUCUCGGUCUUUGGGGAGUCCUUCGAGAAGUGCAGGGACACGAUCAUUGCCAGGACCAAGGGGCUCUCCAUCCUGACCCACGAUGUCCAGAGCCAGCUCAACAUGGGGCGCUUCGGGGAAGUGGGGGACAGCCUGGUGGAUAUGGGGAACCUGGUGGUCUCCCUCACUGAGUGCUCUGCCCAUGCUGCCUACCUGGCUGCUGUGGAGACACCAGGGGCUCAGCCUGCUCUGCCCGGCUUGGUGGAUCGCUACAAGGUGACCAGAUGCAGGCACGAGGUGGAGCAUGGCUGUGGGAUCUUAAAAAACACCCUUUUGCCAGACAUGAGCCCUCAGCUCCUGCUGGAGGUUUCCCAGAACAUGUCCAAGAACUUGAAAUUCCUGACAGAUGCCUGUGUCUUGGCCAGUGAGAAAUCCAAGGAUAGGUUUGCCAAGGAGCAGUUCAAACUCAGCGUCAAGUGCAUGAGCACCAGCGCCUCUGCCUUCCUGGCAUGUGUCAAGGAGGUCAAGACUUCACCCAGUGAGCUGACCAGGAACCGGUGCGUCUUGUUCAGUGGACCCUUGGUGCAAUCUGUCCAUGCUCUGGUGGGCUUUGCCACUGAGCCCCAGUUUUUGGGUAAAGCUGCCACCAUUAAUCCAGAGGGCAAAGCUGUGCAAACUGCCAUUCUAGGAGGGGCCAUGAGCGUGGUAUCUGCUUGCGUGCUCCUGACCCAAUGCCUCAGGGAUAUAGCCCAACACCCAGAAAGUAGCACCAAAAUGACAGAUUACAGGGAAAGGUUGAGGAACUCGGCUUGCGCCGUCUCAGAAGGUUGCAACCUGCUAUCUCAGGCACUAAGAGAAAGAUCUUCACCCAGGACUUUACCGCCAGUGAACUCCAAUUCUGUGAAUUAACCUCCACCCCCCCGUUUAGAUCUCAGUCAUUGCUAAAGGAAAAUAAUAUCCCACCUCCCCAAGUCCUGGUUUUUGUAUACCAAAGAAUUUGCUUAGAUGAGCCCAAUCCUUUGAUUUUAUGUGGUGAGGGAACACAGCAGCAACAUACUUAAACUAUAUAUACGCAAGAAGAGGUGGUCAGACUAAUUAGUGGCCAGUUUAGGCAUUUUUGUAAUUGAGUAAUUAUUCACAAAUAUAUUUUCCAUCAAUCAAUAAGGUCUAUAUACAAACAAAAGGUAAUCAAAAAAGUUUUAUACCUGAGGAGGUGGGGAAAUCUAAAAAGCUUUAAUCGCGCUGGGUGCGGUUUUUAAAGUUUGUCUUGUCUUGUCUUCCAAAAUUUCCCUUCUAAAUUCCACUGUUCAGUUGUGCAGGAAAAAGAAGUUACCUCAGUUUUCACGUAUAAAAACAAACCAACACCACCUAGAUGAUGGAUGUAGCUACUUUCGGGAGGGGGGAGGAGAAUGGGGAUCUAAUUUCUUUUGAAUCAAGUGUUAGGUUAGAGAAGUGCAUUUGGUGUGCAGGAGUGGAGAUUGUGAUUAUGUUUUCCAUGUGUUGAUUUCCAAACUGGGGGAAAAGCUACUGUGAGUGUUUAAACAAACAAAAAAUUACACUAUAACUAAAAUGAUUUUUAAUUUUUUUUCCAAUGUCAGUUUUUAUCUUGCAUGUACUGGAGUAUUUAUUUCAUCUAUUAAAAUGUUAUGUUUCUCAGA